GGGCGGGAAGAUGGCGGCGGCGGGCCGGUGGCGGGCCGGGCUGGCCCUGCUGGCCGUGGUGCUGUGGCUCGGCGGGACGGGGGCCGAGCAGACCGAGGAGCACCUCAAACGCGAGCACUCGCUGUCCAAGCCGUACCAGGGUGUGGGCUCGGCCAGCUCGGGGCUGUGGGACCUGCUGGGAAACGCCAUGGUCAUGACCCAGUUCAUCCGCCUCACCCCCGACGUGCAGAGCAAGCAGGGAGCCGUGUGGAACCGAGUGCCCUGCUACCUGCGGGACUGGGAGAUGCAGGUGCACUUCAAAAUCCACGGGCAGGGCAAGAAGAACCUGAACGGAGACGGGUUCGCCAUCUGGUACACCAAGGACAGGAUGCAGCCAGGACCUGUGUUUGGGAGCAAGGACAACUUCCUGGGGCUGGGCGUGUUCGUGGACACCUAUCCCAACGAGGAGAAACAGCAGGAGCGUGUGUUCCCCUACAUCUCAGCCAUGGUGAACAACGGCUCCCUGACGUACGACCACGAGCGGGACGGGCGGCCCACGGAGCUGGGCGGCUGCACGGCCAUGGUGCGCAACCUCAACCACGACACCUUCCUGGUCAUCCGCUACGUCAAGAGACGCCUCACGGUGCUGAUCGACAUCGACGGCAAGCACGAGUGGAGGGAUUGCAUCGACGUGCCGGGCGUGCGCCUGCCCCGCGGGUACUACUUUGGGACCUCCUCUGUCACCGGGGACCUGUCAGACAACCACGACAUCAUCUCACUGAAGCUGUACCAGCUGACGGUGGAGCGGACGCCGGAGGAGGAGAAGCGGGACAGGGAAGUGUUCCUGCCCGUUGUGGACAACCUGAAGCUGCCAGGAAUGGAGGCACCCCUGGAGCCCAUGAGUGGCCUCGCCCUCUUCCUGAUCGUCUUCUUCUCGCUGGUGGCCAUCGUCUUCGCCAUCGUCAUCGGCAUCAUCGUCUACAACAAGUGGCAGGAGCAGAGCCGCAAGCAUUUCUAUUGACUCGGAGAUUCCUGGCCUGGCCCAUCCCGGCCUUCUGCUGGCCACAUCCCAACUCCCAGGGCGUGAGGGACCAGCCCUCGUGGCAGGGACCCCCCGAAUCCCUGCAGGACUCCGGAUCCA